UCAUGCUCCAACCUGUUUUCCUCUGCACCCAGGGACCUCAGGCUCACUUUCAUUCACUGCCUCACCAUGAAACCAUGGAACCAUGCCUGCUGUGUGGGACUCUUUCUAACUACUCUUUCCCUAGUCUGCAUCGUGGCCAAUGCCUUCCUACUGGUUCCUGAUGGGAAGACCUGGAGCAGUGACCAACUCAGCAUGCAUGUCUUGCUCAUGCCUGGCUUCAUCGGCGGGGGAUUGAUGGUGCUGUGUCCAGGAUUCAGAAUGGUUCUGGCAGCAGUUGAACAUCCCAACUGGAUUCCAUGUUCCUGCUGGUGUUCAGUCUUCGGAAUGCUUGGUGCCAUCUACUGCCUCUCAGUGUCAGGAGUCGGCCUCAGAAUUGGACCCAAAUGCUCCAUAAACGACGAGUGGGACUAUCACUUCCAAGAAACUGCAGGCACUUACUUGAAGAAUGAUACUUCCUGGAAUUUGUGUGAGGAACCACUCAAAGUGGUGCCCUGGAAUGUGACGCUCUUCUUCUUGCUGGUCGUUGCCUCCUGCCUGGAGAUAGUGCUGUGUGGCUUACACCUGGUGGUAGAGCCCAUUCAUGCUCCAGGAGAGAUCCAAAAGACUGAGGACAUCUUAGGCAACUUCCAGAGGAGGGCUCAGCUCACUGAGACUUCACUGACUGCCAGGUCAUUCCUUCUUGCUCCAGGACCCCAGCCUGGCCUGCCCAAUCCCUGCCUCCCUAGAAUAAACAGCUUGGAGUCCACCCUACCCCUCUCUGAGCAGAGGAUACUCUAAACAGCAGCAGUGUGUGAGGGCCUCCUCAGCUGCCGCAGUCUGGCUGGGCACAAAAUCACAAGACACUCAAGCAGGAACAAACUUUAUUUCCAAAACUCCUGUGAAUGCCACCCACCCAGCCUUCUCCUGGGACACACCACACCAACAGGAAAUCCCUCCUCCGGAAAUCCCUCCUACCACACUUCCCCAACCAAUGGGAACUCUCUGGGAGUCCCUGUGAGAGCUCCAAAGUAGCAGGCUGAGGCUGACAGCAGGGGUCUAAUAUCCAAUUGAAUGCACAUCUUAACAUAAUCAUUAUCAUCUCAAUGGCUUGCUGGCCUCACCUUUCAACCAAAAAUGCCAUGCGUCAUUCCUACUCAGCUAUGAAUCUUAGCACUGAGCUUGGUGUUCUGUGACCCUGUUUGGAGCCCUCACACCCCACUUGUUAUUUUUGUCACAGGUACUGAGCUACUAACUUGCCCAGGAAAUACAGUGGUUAACAAGUUAGAUGUACUCUCGAAAACUGAACAUUCCAUGAGUGGAAAAGGCAAUUUUAAAGAAGCAAGGGCUUAUUACAAUUGGUGGUUAACACGUUUUAAUGUAUUCAUUUAUUAUUGAUUUAUGCUCAAUAUUUGAAAUUAUUGAAGCCAGGGCUUCACACAGGCUCUGUAAGUGCUCUACAGCACCAUUGAACUACUACACCCCCAUGGAGUUUUGUUUAAUUUUGAGGCAAAGUCUCACUAAAUUGCCAAGACUGGCAUUCAACUGAUGAUCUUCAUACCACAGCCUCCCAAGUAACUGGGAUGCAGUGUGCACCACCAUGCCUAGUUUAUUAGCACCUUUUCAUUUCAGCCAUUCUUUCUGGCUCUUACUUGCAGAAUUCUAAUAAUGUCACUGAAAACCUUCCUGAAAAAUUCUUCCAAAUCCCACAUUAAAUAUUUCUUCA